AUGCCCGUAAUCGACGUCGCGAUCGGUCCACUGAUCCAAAUGGCCGAGGCCGCUUCUCUUGGCAUGCCUUUCGAGGUGUGGAAGACGAGGAUGGGACGACACAGAUCGGAAUCCACCGUCCAGGCGUUUUCAAACAUUUACAAAGAGGGCGGCGCCAAGGCUUUCUGGCGAGGAACUCAGGCGAAGAUGUUCGAGAGCGCGACCAAGGGGGCGAUCUUGAUGUACGCCAAGGAAGGGAUUAACGAUUCUUUGCUCCAGGCGGGAUGGACUCCCGGGAUCGCCGGGAUCGCGGCUGGGGCGGGCGGUGGCAUCGCCCAGGUCAGCGUCAUGGGUCCGGCAACGUAUCUGGUGACGGGCGCGGUGAACUCGCCCGGUAUGUCGACGAUGGAGCGAAUCAGGGAGACGUACGGUCGAGGUGGGAUCGCUGGAUUUUACCCAGGUGGAGUUGCGAUCGCAUUCAGACAGGCGACGAACUGGGCGUCGAGGCAAGGUUUCACAGAGGUCGUUCGGGACAAGGCGAAGCAAGCUUUGCACGGAGACGCGAACGCAAAGCUCUCGAAGUGGGAGGAGGUCGGAUGCGGGAUCGUCGGUGGAACGCUCGCGAGUUGGAAUCACCCGUUUGAAGUUGCGAGGAUAGAGGCGCAGAGUCGCGGGAAUGCGGGUUUGCCGACUGGGAACAUGGUGAGCGUCAUGUCGGACAUCGUCAAGGAGAGCGGCGUCGGCGGCUUGUUCCGAGGCAUCAUCCCUCGAAUCGGUCUAGGGAUCUGGCAAACUCUCUUCAUGGUCACCGGGGCGAAAAUGUUGAAGGAGACGCUCAAAGAACAGGGCUUACUCGAAUCCACGGGUGGCGGAAAACACUAA